CAACCAUGGCCGCCUCCACAGGAAGCAAGAAGGGACCUGAACUUUCUAAAGCUGAGUACCUAAAGCGUUAUUUAUCCGCAGACGACGACUCCAAGAAAUCAAAAAAGAAGAUAAAAAAGAAACGACAGACUGUUCCUGAGAGAGGACUCAAAAUUGUAGACGAUGACAUCGACUGGAGACAGAUGGUCACCGAGCAGGUGGAGGUUGAAGAGGAUGAAGAAGAAGCUCCAGUGAUUGCUGAGGUGAUAGAUGAUCGACCGGAAGAAGUGAAACAGCUGGAAGCCUUUAGAACAAGCCACAGGUGGAAAGUAAUUGGAGCUGAUGAAGAUGAGAACAUAGAGGAGGGGAAUGAAGGGGAGCAUCAACAUACAGAGCCUGUGGCAUCAAGCAGAAGUCGCCAUGACUCGCCAGAGCUGUCAUCAAAGAGAAGGAGACCUGAUUCUCCUGUCAGGAAGACCCGACAUGACUCACCUGACACAUCUCCACCGAGGAGAAAUCGCCACGACUCUCCAGACGUAUCUCCCCCCAGAAGAAGUCGCCACGACUCUCCAGACGUAUCUCCUCCCAGAAGAAGUCGCCACGACUCUCCAGACGUAUCUCCUCCCAGAAAAAGUCGCCACGACUCUCCAGACAUAUCUCCUCCUAGGAGAGGACGCCAUGAUUCUCCGGACUUGUCCCCUCCAAGGCAACAUUCAGGAAAGUCAGGAAAGGUGCGAAGUAAAGAUUCAUCUCCGUCCGGAAGAAAGCCAAGCUCGUCAUUAUCAAGUAGAAAACGUUCACCCGAUUCUCGUCGGUCACCACUGGCUAAGAGGGCUCAGAAUAGGCACAAUUCAGACUCAGAUCCGUCACCCCCAAGGAGAAAGACUCUGAAGAGAGAAGCUUCAGACUCUGACCAGUCUCCUCCAAGGAGGCGCUCAAAAACAGGACGAGGCUCUGAUUCAGACCAAUCUCCACCCAGGAGGCGACCGCGGAGUGGAAAGGACUCGGAUGGAGACUUGUCACCACCUCGUAGACAUGGCCAAUCACAUAGCCAGAGGAUGCUUUCUGGAGGGAAGGCAGGCUUGGUUUCUGUAGAUGUUUUAAGGAAAGAGCAGGAAGAAAACCGCCGCAGAGAAAGACACAAUCAACCGCUUGAAGAUGAAUCUCGCAAUGCCGAGACGGUGUUUCGAGACAAAAGUGGCAAAAGGAGGGAUUUGGAUUCAGAGAGAGAGGAACAGAAGAGGAAAGCUGGAGAAAAAGCAGCAAAGGAUGAGAAAUAUGCUCAGUGGGGAAAAGGGUUGGCCCAGGGCCAGAUGCAUCAGCAGAAACUUGAGGAUGCAGUGAUUGAAGCACAGAAGCCGCUGGCACGUCACUAUGACGAUGAGGAUCUGGACCGCAUGUUGAGAGAGCAGGAAAGAGAAGGGGAUCCUAUGGCUGCAAUGCUCAGGCGGAAGAAGGAGCGCAACCCGAAAGCACAAGCAAAACCUCGAUAUAACGGCCCUGCCCCACCUCCAAACAGGUUCAAUAUUCUACCAGGCUAUCGCUGGGAUGGAGUUGACAGGUCAAAUGGUUUUGAGCAGAAACGCUACACGCGGAUAUCCGAUAAAAAAGCUGUCCAGGAGGAAGCUUACAAAUGGAGCGUGGAGGACAUGUAAUGGCACUGGAAACAGACUGCUCAUCCCCUAUAGAAUUUCUGUACUUUUAAAACAACUGCAGAUUUGAAAAAUCCAGUCAACAGAACUUACCUUUUCAAAUAGCAUAAGUUUGAUACAGACAUCAGAUUAAACUGUACAUAGCAGUGAAUUGGCAUCUUGUUAAUGCUGCGCUAUCUUUGUAAUAACUGAGUCAUUGUAAAGCCAAAACAGAUGUGGUUUCCAUUCUUUUAUUAAAUAGUGUUUUUGUACA